GCAGGAGGCCAGGGCCCGCCCCACACAGCCACCCUCACUCAGAGCCGCCACAGGGGCACAGCCUCAUCAUCCCAGAGGAGCCACUGAGCAAGUAAUGGGGCAAGGAAGGUGGCAAGGAAAUCCUGAAGAGUGGGGAGCCAGGCGAGGGCUGUGAGGGGGCCAGGGAGAGAGGCUUGAGGAGACAGACCCACAUAGGUAAAGGAGGACUGGGGAACUAGGUGCAAAAAGAAGAGACUCCUAAAGAGAGGAGAGCGGAAAGGAGAGAGGGAGGAAGAGAAAGAGGAGUGGGGGAAGGAUCAGGAGGGGGCGUGAGGCUCUGCACAACGUUUCUGGCAGGCAGGAAGCUGGGGUGGGGAAGGGGGACAGGGGUUCUCUAUCCUUGUGGGUGGAGGUAGCUCUUUCCUGAGGAGCGUCAAGAUUCCCCUGGGACUGAGGCAGAAGCAGCCAGCUGGGCUGGGAUGUGCAGCUGAGGCCGGGCACCGAGUGGAGCCUCCCCAGCAUGGCCCCCACCUCACUCUGGAGCUGUUGCCUCUGCUGCCUGCUGGCUGGGGCAGCCUGGGCUGCCAGCUACCCACCCCGGGGCUACAGCCUCUACACUGGGGGCCGUUCCCUCAGUCCUGGGGGGCCACAGGCUCAGAGUGCCCACCGCCCAGCUAGUCGCCACAGGAACUGGUGUGCCUACGUGGUCACUCGGACAGUAAGCUGCGUGCUGGAAGACGGGGUGGAGACCUUUGUCAAACCCGACUACCAGGCCUGUGGUUGGGGCCAGCCCCAGUGUCCCCGAACUAUCACGUACCGCAGCUUCCUCCGCCCUCGAUACAGAGUAGCCUAUAAAACAGUAACGGACAUGGAAUGGCGCUGCUGCCACGGUUUUGGGGGCGAGGACUGUAGCGAGGGGCCAACCCCGGCCCUGGGCACCACAACUCCCCAUCCUCGGCCUCAUCUAGCCCGUCCCAAUCUCUCGGGGUCCAGUGCUGGCAGUUACCUGAGUGGGCUUGGAGGAGAAGGUCCUGGGGACUCUGAGAAAUUGAAGCAACUGGAGGAGAAAGUACAAAGCAUGUCAAAGGACCUGCAAGGGCUCCAGAGCACCCUGCAGGGCCUGAGUGGACGCCUGGCUGAGGAUAUCCAAAAGGCUGUAGAGAAGGCAUUUAAUGGAAGACACCCACCUGCUGAUGCGGCUGUGCAACCUGGGGUGCAAGAGACCCUCAAUGAGAUUCAGCGCCGGCUACAGCUUUUAGAUAAUCGCAUCUCCACCCAUGAUAGGGAAUUGGGUUUGUCCCACAACAGAGGUGGUGCUCUGGGCCCUGACCUGGUCAACCCAUCGCCAGCAGAGAAGCUUUUUCAGGAGAUGGAGCAGAGGCUGCAGGAAUCCUGCUCCAGUUGCAUGGAUGGACUGGAUGACUUCCGCCGGCAAUACCAGGAGGACCAGGAACGCCUCCAUGAGUUGGAGAAACUCCUUAGUUCUGUAGAGCAACAACAGAGGGAAGCUAGGGAGGAGCUGCACCAGCGGCUGGCAGGGGGCUGGGAGCUUCCUCCUGGCUGCUGCGCUCCUGAGCUUGGCCAGAGGCUGGGGGAUGUGGAGCGUCAGCUGGAUGUGGUGGCUGGCUCUGUGCAUGUGCUGAGUGGUCGGAGAGGGGGAGAGCUCGAGGGUGCAGCUGGGCAGGGAGGCCACCCCCCUGGCUAUACCAGUUUGGCCACUCGUCUCUCAUGGCUGGAAAAUCAGUUCAAUUCUACCUUGGGCCCAACUGAGAGGAUGGAAGGUGGCCACCCUGUCCUAGGAGGCGUGGGCCACUGGCUUCAGGGAGCCAAGGGACAGCUCACUAGGCUAGAACAAAGACUAACCAAUUUGAGCCAAGAACUAGACUCCCGGCUCCACGUACUAGAGGAGCGGGUAGAAGGGGCAGUGCAGGCCUGUGGGCAGCUCUGCACAGUUUAUCCAGGGACCCAAGAUUCACAAAUCAGUGCCAUCCUCAGUGACUUGGAGCGGAGGAUCUUGGACAAUGAGGGUCAACUGAGGCUGGUAGGUUCCAGUUUACACAAGAUGGGAGUGGCUGGAGAGGCUUUACAGGCAGCUCUAGAUGGACUGGAAGGGGAACUGGGGAGGAUGAAGGAUCAACUGGGUAUGCAAGGUGAAGGGCCUGGGGACUUUCUACUUCAGUUGAACCAAACAACUGGGAGAGUGACCCAGUUGGAGGAGAAGAUGCAGCAGGCUAGGGGAAGGAAUUGCCUGGGUUGCAGUGAACUCCAAGAAGAGUUAAACCGGUUAAGAGAAGGAGUGGAACACUGUUCCUGCCCUUUAUUGCCCCCAGGAGACCCUGGGAACAGUGCAGGAGUGGGGGGGCCUGGGCGGGGCCCACUGGAUGGGUUUAGUGUUUUUGGGGGCAGUUCUGGUGCAGCCCUUCGGGCAAUGCAAGGAGAACUCUCAGAGGUUAUCCUCACCUUCAGUUCCCUCAAUGAUUCAGUGAGGGAGUUACAGACAGCAGUGGAGGGUCAGGGGGCAGACCUGGCUGACCUGGGGGUCACCAAGGAUAGAAUCAUCUCUGAGAUCAACCGACUGCAACAGGAGGCCACAGAGCACGCCACGGAGAGUGAAGAACGGCUGCGCAUUCUAGAAGAAGGGCAAACCCAAGUCGGACAGUGCCCAAACCUCGAGGGACGCCUGACUCGGAUUGAAGGCAUAUGUGAGCGACUAGACACAGUGGCUGGAGGACUUCGAGGGCUUCGAGAGGGGCUUUCAAAUCAUGUGGCUGGACUCUGGGCUGGCUUACGAGAAACCAACAGCACUAGCCAAAACCAAGCUGCCCUGCUGGAGAAACUGCUGGGUGGCCAAGCUGGCCUGGGCCGAAGGCUAGGAGCCCUUAACAGUUCUCUGCUUCUCCUGGAAGAACAGCUGCAACAGCUCAGCCAAAAUGACCUCUCUGGGCCAGCAGGGGAGAUUGGGCCACCAGGCCCUGCUGGAAAGCAGGGACCUCCAGGUCCUGUGGGACCUCCUGGACCACCUGGCAAAGAUGGCAAAGAAGGACCCAUCGGACCACCAGGUCUCCCGGGCGAACAGGGUCUGGAAGGAGCAGCGGCAGUGCCUACACCUCGAGUGUCGUUCUCCGCCGCCCUGAGCUCGCCACGCGCAGAACCAGGCACAGUCGCCUUUGACAAGGUCUUACUCAACGACGGAGGCUGCUAUGACCCGGAGACGGGCGUCUUCACCGCGCCCCAGGCGGGCCGCUACCUGCUGAGCGCCGUGCUCACCGGGCACCGUCACGAAAAGGUGGAGGCCGUGCUGUCCCGCUCCAACCAGGGCGUGGCCCGCAUCGACUCGGGCGGCUACGAGCCCGAGGGCCUGGAGAAUAAGCCCGUGGCGGAGAGCCGGCCCAGCUCGGGCGCCCUGGGGGUCUUCAGCCUGAUCCUGCCUCUGCAGGCCGGAGACACGGUCUGCAUAGACCUGGUGCGGGGGCAGCUGGCGCACUCGGAGGAGCCGCUGACGCUCUUCAGCGGAGCCCUGCUUUACGAGGACCAGCACUCCGACAGCGACUAGGACCCCCCAGGCCGGCUUAGCCCCGGCCCGGCGCGGGGGGCUGCCGCCUGUCGGCCCCCUCUGCGCUCCCCGCGGCAGAAAGCUCUCCCAGACUGACCGGCCAGCACGGCCUCAGGCGCCCGUGACCUUGGGGACCCUUCCCCUGCAGGGCCGGGCACCCGCCCCCAGUGCGAGGCCCCGGGCUGGCGGGGCCCGCCUCUCCCCACUCCCCCAGCCCCCUCCUCUCUCCUCCCUCCCUCCCUCCCUCCCAGUACUAAACGAUUCAGGAAUAAAGGGGGUCUUUUUUUUAAUAAAA